ACGACCAACCCCACGCUGCGCGCUCCCUUCUGGAACACCAAUGGCCUGCCACCUCGGCCUCGCCGGCGCCACCGCCGCCGCCGCCGCCCGCGCCCCUCGCCUCGCCGUGCUCGCCUCCGCCUCCGCGUCCGCCGCUGGAGAGCCUGCGCGCCGCAUCAUCCGCCGCCGUGCGCCGCCGGGUCAGCAGGGUUCAGCCCCCGCGCCCCCCGCCCAACCGUCCGUCGCGGAGGUGCGGCGCGCCAUCGGGGUCGAAGACGCCGCCGCGUCUGCCGCCUCCUCCAGGGAGGAGAAGAACUCCGCGUUCAUGGAGCUAAUCGCCUCCACCCCCAUCGGGCAGCCUGAGAGCGAGCCCGAGCGCCGCCUCCGCGAGGCCGCCGAGUGGGUCGUCGACACCACCGAGACGCGCGCUUGCCAAGGACAGAAGUCUUUCUUAGUGCUAUGCAUGAUGACAUUUCCUGCGUGGUUCUUGCUCAUGUUUAUUGCCCUUGGAGUUAUAAAGUUACCAUUUGAUGUUCCGGGUCUGGAUAAUCUCCUAAUGUAAGGUGUUACUUAUUAUUGUUUCCCUUUUUCUUUUCCAAUUAUACGACAUGUAGACACUGAAAUUGAAAGAAAAGGUAUAUAUUGCAUACUCUUUAAGUUACUUAUGUUGUAAUUUAUAACUAAGUUGUAGUUGCGUAA